UUUGUGUGACAUGGCACCAAUCACAGUUCGUAAUUUUUUAAUUUACACUCAAAAUUGUUAAGCUAAUAAAUUUUCGUCGCUAGUAAACAAUUGUGCAAUCACUUCUAAUUUAAGUGAGAACAUUGAUAAAAUUUGAUUUUAUAAAUAUUCGAGAUGUUUUAUAAUUAUCAACUGUGAAUCAAUUUCUUUUCAAAAUGGCAGAAAAUCUUUCCAAACGGCCCCCCAAGGGAAUUUUAAAAUCAUCUAGCUUUGAUAAACCGGAUUUACCCAGAUCAAACAAAGAAACAAAAUGGGAUGAAAUGAAUAUAAUUGCAACAUUGCAUCCACCAGGAAAAGAUUAUGGCCAUAUCAAGAUUGAUGAACCAAAAACUCCAUACAGCUAUGAAGGCCUGCCCGGUGAAUUUGAAUUUGAUGAAUUAGAUUCUGCUACAAUUGCUGCCAAAUUGGCAGAGAGCAGUAAACCAAAGAUAUUUGAAGAAUCAAGUGAAGAUGAAGAAGAAACUGAAACUCUUGAAGAAAGAGAAAAACGUAAAGCAUUUGAAGCAAAGAGAAAGCGUCAUUAUCAAGAGUGGCAAGUAGUUCAAAUGGCUAGAAAACAAUUACUUGAACAAGAUGAGGAAGAUGAAGAUGAAGACAAGGAAGAUAAUGAAGAAAAUGAAGAAGGCAUACAAAAAGAUGACAAUAUUUGUCUUCCUUCUGAAGAGCAAAUUAAUUUUAAUGUUAAAUUCAAAUGUAUGUCAUCUUGUAAUGUGAAAAAAGGAAAAUGAUAUGGCGAAAGACACUUUUAAAUAAUGUUAUAAAUUACUUGAUUAAAAUUUAGAAUUCAGUUAUCUAACAUUCUUAAUUGAUGUUAAAUUUAUUUACUAUAAUAUAAAAUUAAGAACUAAAUUAAUCAAAUAUAAUGUCCAUCUUAGAUUAUCUAAAUAGUUAAGUCAAUAAAUUUUUCUAAUUAAUCGAUUUUUCAAUGAUUUAUAUAUUAAUUAAUGUAA